AUGGAGGUUUCUAGCAACGAGUUUGGUCAGGUCUACUUCCAGGCCUACGCGGAGACGUGGCAGGGUGUGCUGCAGCCGAGUGGUCAGCAGCUCAUUGUCACAAAGCCCAUGGCUAAGGAUGGUGUGACCGAGGGUUUCUAUUCUUAUGACUGUAUCCCUAAAUAA